CAUCAGACGCGUUUAGUUGAGGCAGAGGAGAGGGGCGCUCGCCUGCACUGACAAGUGGACGGAUGUGCGGCGAUGCCCUUGCGAAUGAAAGCGUCAGCAGCGGCCUCUGAGCAGCAAACGGGGAGAUUUCGCCUCGGUGGGGAGACAAGGGGGAAGACGAGGGUGCAGCGCCUGUGAGCAUAACAUCGGCAUCUGGCAGCGUGCUCGAUGGCGGCGGCCUGCGGAUAGUCGGAGGAAGCCGGGGGCUGGAUUUGACAUGUCGCAGAGAUGUACUGUGUUAUCUGUAGCCAGAAGGUGAUGGCAGUGCUGGCAGAGCUUCACCUCUACUUCUACCCCUUCCACCUGAUCGAUGCCUGCUUCCUGCAUAAAGACAUCAUUUGAAAUCUGGACUGCCUUCAUCCCUUCCUCUCCUUCUGUCUCUCCUCACCCAUUUCAUACCGCCCCCUCCACCCUCUUCAUCCAGCUGCUUUUUGCCUUUCCCUCGGUCUCUCCUCUCACCAUAACAUCUUCCUCCUCAACCUGGAACUUCUGCAAAGUUUUCGUCUUUGUGAUGGCUUGCUUUGGGCGCUCUCUGGACUCACCGUGCACACUAGCCUUGCUGGUAGGCUUUCAGUUUGCCUUUGUGCUCUAUUUCUCCCUCGGGGGCUUUAGAGGCCUGGUGUCUGUUCUGGUGCACACCACAGAACCAGAAUUUGAUUAUUCUCGACCUCAUGACGUUUACACCAACCUCAGUCACCUUGGGGUACCACCGCCCCCUCCUCGGAACUCUGGCACUGGGCUUCCUGCUUCAGGACAACCGCUGAAAGACUGCCCGAUUCCUUCCCCCCUGUUGGUUGGACCAGUGUCUGUCCAUCUUUCCUCCCCUCUGUCUCUGGAGGACAUCCAACAGAGGAACCCUUUAGUGUUGCCUGGUGGACGGUACCGGCCUCCGGACUGCGAACCGCGCCACCACACAGCAAUAGUGGUGCCGUUCCGAAAUCGCAUAAGCCACCUACGUUCUCUUCUGUACCACCUGCACCCUUUCCUGCAAAGACAGCAGAUACACUACAGCAUCUACAUUGUACAGCAGUGGGGGAACGGCACCUUUAACCGAGCCAAGCUGCUGAACGUAGGGGUGCGGGAGGCUCUCAAAGAUGAAGACUGGAGCUGCAUUUUCCUUCACGAUGUCGACCUGCUGCCAGAGAACGACCAUAACACUUACACCUGCCACAAGCAGUUUCCCACACACCUGUCUGUGGCCAUGGACAAGUUCAGAUACAGGCUGCCGUACCCUCAGUACUUCGGUGGUGUGUCUGCAGUGACCCCAGAUCAGUAUAUGAAGAUGAAUGGCUUCCCAAACCAAUACUGGGGCUGGGGGGGAGAGGAUGAUGACAUCGCUGCCAGAGUGCGGUUGUCUGGUAUGAAGAUUGUGCGCCCUCCAGUGGCCAUUGGCCAUUACAAGAUGAUCAAGCAUAAAGGAGACAAAGGCAAUGAGCAAAAUCCACGCAGAUUCGACCUCCUGAAAAAGACCAGACUCAACUGGCACUCUGACGGCCUCAACUCUUUGACUUAUGAGCUGCUUUCCAAGGAGCUGGAGCCGCUCUACACCAACCUGACCGUCAACAUUGGAGAGGACCCCCGAUUGACCCAGGGUAAAGCUCACAGUGCUGUGAAAGCAACGCCUGUCCAUCCACAUAGCGCCAGCAAGGACAAAGGACCUGCCAAACAAGUGAAAAGUCUAGAAGAAGCAGUGGCAAAAAAUAGCACUUUGGUCAAGCCAUCUGGUGAAAAGACAGGACUCAUCCUGUCGAAGACAGCAAAUCAGACUACACAGGAAAAGGCAGGAGUGAUGAAAUAAAUAUGAAAUGUAAUAAUCUUGCACUUGUAGCAUAAAGUGGUCAUCAUUUUUUAUCUCUCCGACAAAAUGAUGGAAAGCAGCAUUGAUUUGCUGUAGUUACGCACUGGAUCACAAACACACAGCCUGUUUCAUUUACAGGUGUGGAUUCAGGACUACUGAACCCAUUUUGUUGGGUUAUGAUCUGCUGAAUGUGGUGCUGACUGUACUGACUGGCAAAGAGACCAUAAGUAGAAAGAUAAAAAAAACAAAGAAGAAAACUCAAUUGAAUUUUUGUUAAGAUCCAAAAUGCUAGCUGGAAAUGAGAUGCCGACAUUUGUAGAUCUCUACAGACUGGAACUGCAAGUUGCAGGCAACACAUCUGCAGAGCAGCGGCUUCAAUCAGUCUGCACCUCUGAUUCCCUCCUGCUAAAAA